AUGGCAACACCGCCCGUUUGGCGACGGCUGCCCAUGCCCACUUCAGCCGAUCUGCCUAACCUAUUGGUAUCGACAACAUUCACGGCCACAUCAUACACAAUCUUUGUUACAGACCUGGCUAACAUUUGGUCUGAAUCUUUGGAUCGACGCGCAAUCUACAAGCGCAGCCUCAAUGAGUCCACCAGUAUUGACCCGACGGACAGCGACAGCAACAUGCGAGCUUUCCUGUCCAAGAUUCGAUCCGUCUUUGAUCCCAGCCACCGAGAUCAUGACAAAGCAUCCAUGUCAAUAUCAACACGCUCCAACAAGGAAGCUGGGGAGCAGGGUUUGACCAUGAGUAUUACUUGCGAGCUGGACAACAUGCAACCUUUGGAAUGGCCGGUGUAUCUACAAAAGUGUCCCCAGUCUGAGCUCACGACAGAACUCAUCGUACCCCUCGCACAAGCAAACUCGGUAGGCCACCGACAGGUGGAGUCUCUUGCAGAAACCAUCAAGCAGAAGGAUGCGGUUAUCAUGAAGCUUCUGGACAAGUUGGAAGCUACUGGGACUCGCCUCGAGAAAGUUUUCGCCGUCUUGUCAGCAAAACAGAAGCCCACGAGAAAGAUGGCAGAGCAAAAAGUCAAGGGUCUGGCUCCUUUCUCCUUCGAGGAUUGGAAGGCACAGUCGGACGACGGUCCUGAGGACGUUCUCGGUGUUAUUGAGAGUAUCUUCGGCGGUGAUGGACUUGAGUAUAGUCGUAAGGUCGACGUGGUCACUGCGACUCCUCUUGAUGGAUGGUGGGCCAAGCCAGAGUCGUUGUGCAUCCCGAUUGUGGGACCCAAAACGAGAUCCCGUUCAAGCCAACCGGCAACGUCGCUUCCCGAAUCCGAACGAGAGGGGCAUGGUCACAGCGAGCCGGCAAACAAGGGGAUCGCGGGAGAGGAUCAAGACGAUGACUUUCAAGUCCAGUCGACGCCUCCCCAUCUCAUGCCCAAUCGAAAACGUUCCGUACCGCCACCCUCUACACACGACGAUGAUAGCACUGAGGACGAAGAUGAAUCUCACAUUCCUGACAGCGUACCUGUACCUCCUGAAGAGCCCAUCAUUUCUAACCGCCUGGGUACAAUAGGGAUGAAAGACCACCCUAAAACAGCAACGAGAUCUCCAGUCCCCGAGGAUCCAGUGCCAGCUACUCCGGCCUCGGAUACCGAAACGGCGUCUGAGGAUGGAAGUGCGGCCUCGGUGGUUGAGAUCUCGCCCCCGCUGAAGCCUGCCGCAGGUAAAAUCAAAGGGGGCCUGGGGCGCAUCGGUGGUGGUAGUACCAGUCACUCAAAGACCCCAGAGUCUCCGAAGAAGGGGGCUUUGGGUCGCAUUGGCGGCGAGCGUCAACGUUCUAAAUCACCAGAGCCACCCAAGAAGACUGGUAUGGGCCGGAUAGGCAGAGGCACGCGCUCAUCAAAGACCCCAGAGCCGAAGGCCGAAGAUGCGAAAACCAGGGGAAGGUCUAAAGAGGACGUGGAGCCGUCGGCGAGGCUCAGGGAGACGUCACAGGAGCGGGCAGAUCGGAAACGGGAUGAACUACAAAAGGAGAUACAGAAGAAGGCCACAACGGGACCAGCACGGAAGAAGCGGAAAUUCUAG